GAAUUAUGGGUUGGCAGAAAAAAUUUCUAUCGGAGGCAGGAAGAGAGGCUAAAUACUUUCCUGAUGGAGAUUUCAUGAAUGCGAAAAAAGGAAAACGCGCAUCCUGGUUGUGGUCUAGCAUUAUUGAAGGCCGAAAGGUGCUGAAUGGUAAUGUGUGCAAGAGUAUAGGAAAUGGACGUGGGACCCGUAUCUGGGGUGAUCAUUGGCUGGCUGAUAUUCCGGGCUGUCCUGGCCUCUACUCUCUGGUCAAUAUGGAAGAGCAGAAACAGGUUCUUAUAUCAGAAUGUCGCCAUUGAUCCUGUCUUUACCUUUAAACAAGCAGAGGAGUUGAUUCAGGAAUACUGGACUGCUAAAGGCUGGAAUAAUGCUACGG